CCAUCAAACCCAACUCAAACACCUCACCUCCUCUCUCCGCUCUCCUCUUUCCUCGUCAUACAUCUCUCUCAAAACAAAAUUUCUCCUCCCUUUCUUUCUGUCGAAAAAAAAAAAAAAAUGGAUGGUAGCUACAUAGAUGAGAGCACAACAAGUGACUCUCUAUCUCAAUCAAUUGAACCUUCAUCGACAUCGAUUUUUCUGGCGUCAAAGUCGCCGGAAAGCCUAUGUCGAGUCGGGAGCGGAACGAGCGUGGUCCUCGAUGCAGAAGGCGGCGUCGAGGCCGAGUCUCGAAAGCUCCCGUCGUCAAAGUUCAAAGGGGUGGUCCCACAGCCUAACGGGCGGUGGGGAGCUCAAAUCUACGAGAAGCACCAGCGAGUCUGGCUGGGCACUUUCAACGAGGAAGACGAAGCCGCCCGAGCCUACGACACGGCGGCGCAGCGAUUCCGAGGCCGCGACGCGAUUACUAACUUCAAAUCAUCGGUGUCGGACGAGGAAGAAGACGAGGCCGAGUCGGCGUUCCUGAAUUCCCAUUCCAAGGCCGAGAUCGUCGACAUGCUCCGAAAACAUACUUACAGCGAUGAGCUCGAGCAGAGUCGGCGAAACUACAACGUUUUGGGCAAUGACAAGAGGGUUUGGAAAGACAAAACAACUGGGUAUUCAUUGGGUGGUUCUGAUCGGACUGUUAAAUCGACUCAGCAGCUCUUCGAAAAAGCGGUUACGCCUAGCGAUGUCGGCAAGCUGAACCGACUCGUUAUACCGAAACAGCACGCCGAAAAGCACUUUCCUCUGCAGAGUGGAAGCACUUCCAAAGGAGUGCUUCUGAAUUUCAAGGAUGUUGCUGGAAAGGUGUGGCGGUUUCGGUAUUCGUAUUGGAAUAGUAGUCAAAGUUAUGUGUUGACUAAAGGUUGGAGCCGAUUUGUGAAGGAGAAGAGCUUGAAGGCCGGUGACAUUGUCAGUUUUCACCGGUCAACCGGGUCGGACAAGCAGCUUUUCAUUGACUGGAAUACGAGAAACGGGUCGGCUUUUCCCGGGUUUUUUAUCCCCGAAAACCCGGUUCAAAUGGUCAGACUAUUUGGAGUCAACAUAUUUAAGGUACCGGUUAUUGGUGGCGGCUGCGGUGACGGUGAUAGUGGUGGUUGUGGUGGGAAGAGAAGCAGGGAGAUGGAGUUAUUUGCAUUAGAGUGUCGUAAGAAACAAAGGAUAAUUGGGGCUCUGUAACAUUUUUUUGUUUUUGUUUUUGUUUUUUUGUUUUUGUUUUUGUUUUUGUUUUUAAUGAAUGUAAAGAGGGUGGGAAGGGAGGUGGAAGGUGGUGGUGUUGCAAGUUGCUAAAAAAAAAAAAAAAGUUGAAUUGUAAAUUAAGUUUAGAGAGAAAGGCUGAAGAGAGCUGAGCUUAGGUGGUACAAAUGACAAAAAGACAAAAUAUAAUAUAUAUAAUGCAAAAACUGUCAAAUUUGUUAUGUUCA